AUGCAUAAGCUAUCUACUCUCGUUCCAUUCUUUAUAUCUCUCGGCCUAGCACAGGCAGCUCCGUCUGCACAAAACUACAAGUGGGACAGCGUUAAGAUUGGCGGAGGCGGAGGAUUUGUCCCUGGUAUCGUCUUUAAUACGAAAGAAAAAGGGCUUGCUUAUGCGCGCACCGACAUUGGUGGAAUCUACAAGCUCAAUUCGGAUGACUCGUGGACCCCACUCACCGACUUUGCGGACAACCAGCGAUGGAACUACUGGGGCGCUGACGCUCUAGCCACCGAUCCUGUUGAACCCAAGCGAGUGUAUGUUGCUGCUGGCAUGUAUACCAACAGCUGGGACCCAAACAACGGGCAAAUCUUGCGCUCCUCGGACUACGGUAAGACGUGGUCCGUCACCAAACUUCCGUUCAAGGUGGGAGGAAAUAUGCCCGGAAGAGGCAUGGGGGAGCGCCUAGCCAUUGAUCCCAAUAACAAUGCGAUUCUUUACUUCGGAGCUCGCAGUGGAAAUGGCUUAUGGAAGUCUACCGAUUACGGUGUAACCUUUACCAAAGUGUCGUCCUUUACCAACACAGGAAGCUUUAUUGUUGAUCCUUCCGAUAGUAGUGGAUACAACAGUGACAAGAUGGGGAUUGCUUGGGUAACAUUUGACUCAACCGCUAGCAAAGUUGGAGGCGCAACGUCCCGAAUCUUCGUUGGUGUGGCCAACUCUGGCUCAAACUCCGUCUUUGUCUCCAACGAUGCCGGUUCGACCUGGACUGCCGUGUCUGGACAACCCACCACAUACCUACCUCACAAAGGAGUUUUCUCUCCCAGCGAGAAAGUCCUCUACGUCUCCUACAGUGAUGGAAGCGGUCCUUACGAUGGGGCUAAGGGGGCUGUAUGGAAAUAUUCUAUCGCAAACUCCAAGUGGACCGAUAUUACUCCUGCUACUGGCAGCGACCUCUACUUUGGCUUCGGCGGUCUCACUGUUGACUUGCAAAAACCUGGAACGUUGAUGGUUGCGGCCCUCAACUCGUGGUACCCGGAUGCUCAAAUCUUCCGUUCGAGAGACUCUGGUGCGACCUGGAGCAAACUCUGGGAAUACAACAGCUCUGGUGGAGUGAACCGGUACUUUGGCUGGGAUACAUCGCUCGCGCCCUGGCUCAACCCUCCAGGCAACACCGACACCAAGCAUGCUGGCUGGAUGAUCGAGGGUCUUUCGAUCAAUCCUUUCGAUUCUAACCACUGGCUUUACGGCACUGGCGCAACUAUCUAUGGAGGGCAUGACUUGACCAAAUGGGACACCAGCGCUCGCAAUAUCACACUGAAAUCUUUGGCAGAUGGUGUUGAAGAAACUGCUGUUUUAGCGCUGAUCUCACCUACGUCAGGGGCAAACCUCCUUUCCGGAGUGGGAGAUAUUGGUGGAUUCGUACACUCAAACUUCAAGACUUCUCCUCGUGCCGCAUAUACCAACCCUCACUAUGUGACUACACCAGAUAUGGACUAUGCGGGAAAGAAGCCUGCGACAAUCGUUCGUAUCGGAAACGAUGGUUCUGACGCUUCAAUCAAACAAAUCGCUCUCUCUACCGACGCGGGAGCGACAUGGGCUCCCUACGCACCCACUCCAGGUGGCUUGGCGGGUGGCAAGAUCGCAGUCUCCGCUACCGGAGAGACCAUUCUCUGGCGAAACUCCAAUGGCGUUACCGUUUCCCGCAACUCGGGAGCCUUUACCUCCGUCUCUGGACUUUCCUCCAACAGUGCUAUCGCAUCCGACAAGGUCAAUGGCACGGUAUUCUACGCCGCCGACGGCAACAAGUUCUACGUCUCUACCAGCUUUGGCUCUUCAUUCUCUGCGACGUCUGCCAGCCUCGGGUCUUCCUCGAGCCCGGUAAAGAUUGCUAGCAACACCAAUAAAGCGGGUGAUGUUUGGGUUUCCACCGACAAGGGAUUGUUCCAUUCGACCAACUAUGGUGCCAGCUUCACUGCAGCAAAGGGCGUAACUCAGGCCUGGGCAAUUGGUCUCGGCGCACCCAAGACGACCGGAGGCGCAGCAACUGUAUUCGCUGUCGCCACCAUUGAUGGUGUCACUGGCUAUUUCCGCUCGGAUGACGAGGGCAACACUUGGGUUCAGAUUAACGACGCUGCGCAUGGCUUCGGAGCGGUGUCUUCCAACCCUAUCAGUGGCGAUCCCCGUGUCUAUGGUCGCGUUUAUGUCGGAACAAAUGGCCGCGGUAUAUUCUCUGGAGACAUUGCUUAA